AUGUGCGCCACGCAGUCUUUCGCCUCCACCAAUCUUCCACUUUCGCUUGGUGCACCCCUCGCCUCUUCAUCGUCAGCCAGCCAAACUGGUAGCGAUCUCUUCGCUCGCAGAUUGACCAAGAGCUUGCAGCGUCCAACGCCAGACCCGCAACAGAAUGAACAUCAAGCGCUUCUGGCUCAGCUGAAUGAGUCGAAUGGAACACCUUCAUUUGAAGCUCAGAGAGCCGUCGCCAUGGCCUUCAUCUCGCGUCGUGCAACCGAACAGUCCAACGUUUGUGUGCAAGCAGAAUCUCGUCAACAAUUCGAUCAGACCCAAGUCAAUGAACCCCCUCAAGGUCAUCAGCCCACGCAAGCCCAGUCUAAUCACAACAGCAGCAUCGCAGGUUCUCGAGCUGCAACGCCUCCCUUGACAGGUGCAGUGCCUGAUGCUUUGCGGCCGGACGUGGUCAACCGUCAGGUGUCGGCGCCGCGCCCGGAUCUGCCGAUGCUAGCCUUAGGAGCCCAGGAGCACCGCUAUUGUUCUCCGGGGCCAGCGGCGGACCUCGUCAGUUCUAGUGCUGAAUUCGCUAGGGAACUCAACAGAUGGGCUGCGACGCCAGGAGGCGGUAUGGUCUAUCCUUGGUCUGCGUCUGCAGCGACGCCACCGUCCGCAUCAUCUCAGCGUCAUUUCUCGACCUCUUCUUCGCUGAUGCCUUCUCACACCAUGGAUAACGAUUUAAGCGUACUCGAUCCGCGCUUUGGCAAUCUCACUGCCGACACAGCUCUUCGCAUGCUACCAGAGGCACCAGACUUCGCAAGCAUGUCACGCGCCGACUCUGGCAACACGUCCAACAGCUCUGAGCACCAGUCGAGCUCGCACUCUGGCUUUUCCAUUUCGGCUGGCUCAGCUCCUAGCAGCUCUCUCACGACCUUGGCGUCUCCUUUCGGUCAAUCCUGCGAGCCUCACGAUCAUGGUUGGAUGCAGUCGCCCAAGCGAACUUCGUCUGGUCCCCUACACGAUCUGCAGGAAGCUCGUCGCAACGCUGCACCGCGUAAUCACUUGCGACAGAAGGACGAACCUUCCAGCGUGCAACCCGACUUCACCGAGCUUGACGCUUCAACAGCUGUCAUGACCUCUACAUCCACUGCACCAUCGAAGACGCAAUCGAGACGAACUUCUGCUGUAGACUCGAAUGGCCGAUACGUCUGUCGCCAUCCAGGCUGCGACAAGACGUUCAGCACCAGCGGUCAUGCCCGGCGACACAGCCAUGUGCACUCGCCGCUCUGCCCCUUCAUCUGCCCACACGAAAGCUGUGACGCGACGUUCUCCCGGCGCGACAAUUGCACCCAACAUCAGCGUGCCAGGCACUCACAGAUCUUGGAAGCUCAUCGCCUUGACGAUCAAGAUUCUGGCUAA